AUGGCUCUCUUCUCGGCCGUGCCCGGAAUGGUUGGUCAGUACCUGACCAGGCCAGCCCUCGAGGUCCCUGCCUGUCCCACCUUGGGAACCGUCUCGUACAACACAUCUGUCCCUGAUGGGGGCGCGUUUCCCUUGACACAGGUCGAUCUUUGCUACGAUGACAGCUCAAUCCACAUCAAGUUCACCGCAUUUGAGGAGAAGGACUUCUACUACAACCAGAGUCUCACCACCAAUGAAGAGAUCUAUAACUACGAGGUGAUGGAAGCCUUUAUUCAUCGCGGUACCAGCGAUCCUCAGACUUAUCUCGAGUUCGAGGUAGCCCCUAAUAAUGUCACUUUCCAAGCCUUCAUCUACAACCCUUCCAAGGUUCGAGAGGCUGGCGCUGCGUUCGACCGCUUCUACAUCACCGACCUGGCCGCAGACGGCAUUGAUGCCAGCACCACUCUCGACUAUGCUAACGAGUUAUGGGUUUCCAAAGUCCAGAUCCCACUCGGUCUUUUCAACGUCGACAAGGGAACAGCUCAGGGCACAGAGUGGCGAAUGAAUUUCUUUCGCACCGUCACUGGUCCUUCGACGUUCCCUAACCAGAGCUACGGAUCUUGGAGUCCUCCUGACAAGGUCAACUUCCACAUCACUCCUUUCUUUGGAGACGUCACUUUCAUCUAG